AUGGCGGCCACGUUGAGUUUUGGUGGGUUGAUGAACUUUGGCGAGAAAUCUUCCAGUAAUUCGGCUGACAACUGGCAAGAUGCAAAUACUGCUUUAGCUGAACUUGAUAAAGGUACGUUAACAUGUAGAGGUAAUUAUUUUAUCAGUGUUUUUGUACCUGCAAUCGUUACUGUUUUCAAUGCGCUUAUUUACUCUUUCUGAUCAUUUGCUAGCCCUAGAGGUUGAACAUAAAAUUUGAACAGAAUAAUCAUAUCAUUAAACAAGGACUCAUUUUUUGACUUCAGGGCUGCGAUCAAGUAAAACAGGAGAACAGUGUGAGGCAAUUGUCCGGUUUCCAAGCUUGUUUGAGAAAUAUCCGUUUCCUAUUUUGAUCAACACUGCUCUAUUGAAGCUUGCUGAUGUCUUUCGAGUUGGGUAAGCUUUACUAUAAAAGCUGUGGUCACUGUGGUCUUUAGAGGCUUAGCUUUAGAGGUGUACCCUGUUGUGUUUUAAGGUUUUUUACUGUCCCUAAUGUAGGUUGCCUGGAACCCAACUUCACUUAACAUUGUUAGCAUGAACUGUGAUCAACAUUUAAAUUCUCCUUAGUAUGUCACUUUUUAAUCAGUGAGGUAGGAUACCAGGGGAUCCUGGGAGGAUAGGCUGGGAUGGGUACAGGAGGUGAAAAAAGAAAGAGUGGGAGUUCUAAAAAUGCAGCAAGCAGUAAAAAUGGAGGAAAUUACACAGCAAUCCACAAUAUUUGCAAUCAAAUUGAAGGGUUGAAGGGAGGAAGGCAAGAAAAAGGUUUGGGAGCCUGGAAUGCAAGGUAUGGGAGGUCGGAAGUUUGGAUUUAAUCCUCCCUCCCCCUCCCUCGCUCGAUUUUGAAGCUGCUGCCCCCAAUUUUCUGUAAAAUACUCCUGUAGUCAAUAUUUUUUAGCUGGGAUCAUUUCUUGAUCGUCAAAAUAGGCAGAACAAACCAAGGGACCUUGAUGUCACAUAUAGAUAAUGCCACUGCAACUACCAACCCAAUUUAUACAUAUAAAGCCAACUGGUGUUUCUGUCUCACUUUGCAAUCCACACAUGUUCACAUGUUCAAAAGGCGAUGCAAAUUUUGACAAAAUUAUAAACUCGCUUCACAAGGAAUAAUAUGUUCUGACACAGACUUAAUAGUUAUCUAUAUCUUUAUUCAAAGCUCUACACAGAAUCACUCAGCUGCAAGUAACAUAGUGAAACCGCUUCUUGAAUUAUUAUUUUCCACUUUUAUUUCCCUUCUUUGUUUUAUUAAUUAUCAGAUUUUAACAGAAAAAAACCAGGAAAACAAAAUAAACACCGAGCUACAGGAGUCUUGAUUGAUUAUUCAAUGAUGAAUCAGAAAUUUCAAGAAUGACUAUCAAAAGUUAUUAAUUUUUGUUUUUUCAUUUUUUAGGAGUAACUUUCUCCGACUAUGCAUUUUGAAGGUCACUCAACAAAGUGAGAAACACUUGGACAAGAUUUUGAAUGUUGAUGAAUUCUUGAAACGCAUUUACUCUGUUAUUUACUCAAAUGACCCAGUCGCAAGAGCAAUCACUGUCAGGUAUUGUAAAUAAUUGAUAAUCUUAUUUAUAACAAUAAUAUUUUAUUAUUUAUUUAUUUAUUAUGUAGAACACAAUUUGUAAAGUGGUAUUUAUUGUUUAUUGUUUAUUGUUUUGUUUGCCAAAAAUUAUACAAAUCAAAUAAAAUCUAAUUACCUUAACUCUCAUGGCGAGGAAGCCCAAGAGAAGCCACCGGGCUUAUAAGGAAUGGGCUCCCUCAGUUAGAUAAUUGGAACAAAAUAUUACAUGGUACAUGUAUGGAUCUAUUGAAACGUGUUGUUUUAUGUAAUUUAGAGUUUUUGUCAAGUGUUUUAUUUGACAACUUGAAGACUGUAGGAAAAAAUGUUUAAUACAACAAAUAUUUGUAUUCUAAAAAACCUUCUUCACUAUUUGUGAAAUCCCAGCAAGUAUGAUUUUGGUUGUUAUGCAGAAGACAAAAUUAAUUUCUCCAAGUGCUGUUAAUGGGCAUGUUUCAUAAAUUGAUAACUAUCUACAGUGUUUCCUUUAAUUUUUGUUAAUUUUUCUAUGUCCUUUAUUUUUUAUUUUUGUGGUUUUACUACAGCAUAUACUGAUAGUACCUUUUGUGUUGUUGAUUAAUAAUAAAUGAAAUAUUUACAUUCUUUAAAUUUUUUUUCUUACUUUCAGAGUUCUUGGUAGCAUUGCCUGCAUUGUGUCAGAGAGGAAAAAUGUCCACCAUAGGUUGUUAAUUUUCUGCAGUCAGUAGCCAUUGUCUUUUUUAUAGAGUUAUUGAUUGACUGAUUGAUUGAUUAAUUUUGCAUAACAGUAAUUUUGUCUGGAUUUCAUUGCAGAGAUAUCUUUAAAAGAUUAAAACAAUUCUUCAAGAGCAAAGAUGUCUAAAAAUUUGACCCCAAUUUUGGCAUUAAAAUAUUAUUAUGUUGUUGAACAGUUAUUCAUCUAAAUUGUCAUAUGGUUAGUGUGGUUGUGGUCAACAAAACAGCUAAACACAAACUUUGUCUGGUACCAUGUGAACUUAGCAUUGAUUUCCUUUGUCUCGUAGGGCAAGAGUUCAAGGAAAUUGAGAAUCAACCUAGGUUAAAUCAAAAUUAACCUGAAAAUCAAAUUUGACCUGCAACAUAUCCAAUUCAUACAUCUUUUUUCUUUGACAAAAUUUCUUAAGUCAAUGUUGUUUGCCAAUUUAAGUGAUAGUGUCUCAUUUUGAAACGCAAAUUUCAGUACUUUUUGUCAGCUACAAAAUUACUUGUCCUUAAUUUAAUUAUAUUUAUAUUUCUAUAACAGCAUCAGAAGCAGUUUGGACUCACAUGAUGAAGUGGAAUUAGAGGCAGCUAUUUUUGCCACUGACAGAUUUUGUUCUCAUUCAAGGUAUACUCUUUGAGAAAUCUUCAGAACCCAUGAAAUUAACUUCUGCCUGCUUCAUCUUUAGUACUUGUCAAUCAAGCUCUAAACCCCUGAAUUCUGAAAACUUAUUUAGGUGGGUCUAACAAAGUAUUGAAUUGCAUUGUAAAUUAUAAAUGUACAGUGUAUCUGAAAGCCACAUUAAAUACACACUUUGAAAUUUUCUUGACCCACUUUUGUGCAGCAUAUUUUCUUGGAUUUGUUCUUUGGUUGCAGUGUUCUUACCAGACCUAGGCAUUGCGGCAUUGUCGCACUUUUUCAGGAAAUGCCGCACUAUAAUUAGCCUAAAGGGUCCCAAGGUAGCAAGGAAGGAAAAAACAUAUUACAAAACUUAUGCAAGCAUAUGACAUAUAGAUACAUUUCUUUAUAAUGCAAGCCCAAAUUUAAUUCAAUUGGUUAUGGCAUCUUUAGAAAACACGCAUCAUUAUCUAAGACUCAGAAUGUGAAAACGUUGAGUUAACUGUAUCUGUAUCUCCAGAGAUUCCAACCCCAUGUGAUGGAAAAUAGGGAGUAAUUAUUAGCGCCGAAGGCGCAAGCUUCUAGGGGGGUCCGGGGGCAUGCCCCCCCCCCCGGGAAAUUUUGCAAAUUCAGGGUUCUCAAUAGAUUUUUAAGUAGGAGGUGAUCACUGAUAAAGUAGGAGGCUCUUCAGCAAAGCCAGAGGUGUCAAAACAAAGCAAAGAAAAGCGACUUAAACACAAAGUAAGCGGCUAUAAAUCCCAAAGUAAGCGGCGAUCAAUCGCCGGGUGCCGCCUUCUAUUGAGAACCCUGCAAAUUUAGGUUCUCUCAAGUGCCAUUUCCUGAAUUUUGACAUCAUUCCGGCCUGAGUUAGAACAUACCAUAAUGCUCUUCACGAAGAAAGGAAGUAUAAUAUGAGUGUUUCACAGUGACAGAUCGCCAAAAAUUCUAAAGAUUAGCAAUUUUUCCCUAGUUUUCAGAAUUUUAUAAUAAAUCGGGAGAAUUUGGUAAAAAUCGGGAGAGCGGGAGGCAAGACAUCAAAUCGGGAGGGUUAGAAUCUCUGGUAUCUCCCUCGUGAUGCCCCUUUUAGCUUCUCUAUGGGUCCUGUGGACCCCAGUGUAUGAAAACCUGCUAAGAACACUGUUGAUUGCUGAUGGAAUAAUACUAUAUUGUAAGAAGUUUUUGUGUUAAUUAAUUUUUUUUUAUCCACAGGGAAUUUGCCUCUGGCCUUUAUAAUAAAAUAGCACAACUAAUUGAAGGUAACAUUGACACUGAAGCUUCCUGCCGAGUUGUUGUGUCUUUUUUGUGUUAUAUUUUUUUGUUAACAGGGUAAGUUGUGAGUAACAGAAUGAAUUUAUGAGUUUUGCUACAGCCUGUAGCCUGAUAGGUUAAUUUACUGGCCUCAAAAUAUCACAUUUUAGUUUUACCUUAUCGGCAUCAGUUUGUGUUUGUUAUUCAAAUGUACCAACAGCUGAAAAACAAGAACUCCACGUUGCCAAUGUCAUUAAGCAACUGUUUGGUAUAUUUUUUGGAAAAAGGUGACACAAUGUAUGAUGUGAACUAGUGCUCUCACAGUAAUGACUGCUUGGUUGCAAGCACCAGGAGACAUGCUUCCUUGAUGAGACAUUUUUUCUUAACUCAAAUAAGUAAGAAGCGCCACUAUAAUAUGUCAAGUGAAAAUGUUCUUUUUUCUCUCAGGCUUGAGCACGCCAGUGGAGAUGAAGCUCAAACUUAUCCCAAUUUUCCGCCACAUGCACUUUGACUUACAGUUGACAGCAAAGGUUAGCAGAAAAUAAUCAAUAUUUUGCUAUUCGGUGCUCAUUGAGUGAAUACGUAUGCAAAACUGUGCUCUAAGAAAAAUUUACAGGAGCCAAGAACUCAGAACCUACCCACAGGUGAUCAAUAUAAAACUAAUGUAACAUGUCUUUGUAAGAUUAUUAAUGACCUUUGAAUGAUCCAGGGUUAAGCAUAACUUUUUUUCUAAACACCUUUCAAUAAAUUGGAAGCAGCUGGCCUCAACGAAAAGUUCUAUUUGGCUUCUAUUGAACCGCCGCCUGGUUAGCUCAGUUGGGAGAGUGCCGGUCUGCUGAAUGGGGGGUCGUAAGCUCAAACCCCAGCCGGACC